UUCCAGCCACAAUGGGGCCAAGUAAGGACUAUGGUAACCUUAAAGGAAAUUACCAGGCGCUUGAAGUCCAUCAAGAAUAUCCAAAAAAUUACAAAAUCAAUGAAGAUGGUUGCUGCCUCCAAGUACACGAAAGCUGAGCGAGCACUGAAGCCUGCAAGGGUGUAUGGUACCAGUGCACUAGCUCUGUAUGAGAAAGCGGAGAUCAAGGCCCCUGAAGACAAAAAGAAGCACAUUCUCAUUGGCAUUUCCUCCGACCGUGGUCUCUGUGGUGCCAUCCACUCCUCUGUCGCUAAAAUAAUCAAAAAUGAGAUUAAUGCCAUGUCCACCAGUGGGAAGGAAGUCAUGAUUGUGGGCAUCGGUGACAAACUGAGGGGUAUUCUACACAGGACUCAUGGAGAGCACAUGUUGAUGACCUUUAAGGAAGUUGGUCGAAAGCCUCCCACCUUUGGCGACGCCUCCAUUAUUGCCACAGAACUCUUGAACUCUGGAUACGAGUUUGAUCAAGGAUCUGUCAUCUACAACCGCUUCAGGUCCGUAAUUUCCUACAAGACGGAGGACAAGCCCAUCUUCUCCCUCGACACU